GUUCUCAUAGAGGGGGAAUACUUUGAAGGCUGUAUCUCCAAUACUUGCAGAAUGCUCUGCUAUGUAAAAUGUAAAAGUAAACACUGCGGUAUCGAGGCGAUUGAGGUUUCCAUAAAAGAAAGUGCUUUAGAUUACUUACUAUAUUACUCAAAUACGCAACCACAAACAUUUUAAUUGCGUCAACUUGUAUGUGUAAAUGAACAGACAAGUUACACACAACUCCAAAUAAGGCAAAUAUUUACAAAAUCCACAAAAUAAACAUUCAAAAUUAUCAUUUUCCACCAGGAUACAUAAUGGAGACAAAAACAAAUGAAAUGAAGAUGGAUAUUGCAAUGCGCACACUAGGUGAUGGUAUGGACAAUUCUUUAAUGACCCUUUCAAAACUAAUCAGCAGCAAUUUACAUAUAUCAUCUCUAAAUGUAAAUCAGAAAUCAUUGAAACCUAUUAUUCCUGAAGGGCCCAUCAUUAUGACUGUGCCAAAAUUUAUUCCCAAAGAGCGCAAGAAUCCUAAGUACCUUACCAUGAAUAAGAAAGAACCAAAGUUUAUUCCAUGUGAACCAUUCAAAGGUGCAGUUGAUCCAAUCAUUCCAAGGAAGAAGAUGGUAAAGAUUCAAUGUUUGCCCCAUACAAAAAACAACAUUGAUAUACAGGAUUUGGUACAUCAGAUGUCUGACAUAAGAACUAGUGAAUUGAAUAAAACAAAUUUAUUAAGGAAGGAUGAAGGAAAGGAGUAUUUUGUGUCCAUUAAGCAAUGGGAAGAUGAAAAGUUUGCUUAUGAGAGUGAUAUUAAAAACUUGAAAGAAACAAAUGCACACUUGGAAAAUCAACUCAAGUUUCAAGCUAAAGUUAACAGUGAACUCAAAACACUUCUGGUGGCAGCUGUUGGUGAAGAUCUUGAGUCGAGAGUACAACAUUUAACAGAAGACAAAUUGCAGCUGGCAAGGGCAUUGCUCAACUCUGCCAAUCAUUUGACAUCACACCAGGAACAAACUGAAUGGUUAAGUGGUCAGUGUGAAGUAUGGAGAAGUAAAUUUUUAGCUUCCAGUUUAAUGGUAGAGGAAUUAGCAAGAUGGAAAUCAGCCCUCACAAAUCGCAUAAGUGAACUUCAGGAAAACAUGAAGGUUCUAAUUGAUGAGCGUACAAAAGUGCGCAACUAUUCCCUCCAGACUUACAAUCUCUUACAUCAAAUCAAUGCACAGCAGUUUGAAACCAAACCAGCAACAAUUCGAACCGCUAAUAUUAUUGAUUUAUCAAUGAAUAAUCUGAAACUAGCACAGGACCUAAGCCAGGUGUUGAUUAAAGAUGUGAAAGAAAAUGAUGAUUUGCUCAAGUUAUCGACGAAUACGCCGGGCGAAAACAUGGCUGUGAAAAUAUUAAAGAAUCCAGUGAAGUUGUUCAGCAAACCCGAUGAGGUGUGCAAUGCUUUGGUAGGUGCAGCGAUGAGCAUCACGUCCGGUCAGAUGUAUUUACAACAUCCGGCCACGCAAGCCACGUGUUGCAAACAUUGCAAAGGCGAAAUUCACAAUAUUUAAACUAUAUAUUUACUAGAAAAUGAAUAACUGAACAUGUUGUUUUAUGUUAUGAUAUUUAAAUAUAUAAUUAUAUUCUUAUAGUGCAAACAAUUGGCAGGAUAUUUAAUAUGACGAUGAUUGAAAAUAGUCGAAACGCUCUCACAAAAUUACUAACGAAAAACUUGUUAGCUGUUACUGUACAGAAUUGUUAGAAAUUUAUACAUUUAAUAAAUUUUAACAUUGAAUAUA